CUCCCUUCGGCGUCUGCGGGCGGCGCGGCGCGGGCGUGCGUCGGCGUCGCGGCCAGCAGGGGGAUUCUGGGUAACGGCCCGGCCGGCUAGGGCGGCUGGCUCGGCGCUGCAGGUUCCAGUCCAGCCCGGUCGGUUGGCGGUGGCGGUUGCAGCGCGGCGGGCGGGGAGACAUGGAGCAGCCGUGGCCGCCGCCGGGACCGUGGGGCCUCCCCCGGGCCGAGGGUGAGGCUGAGGAUGAGAGCGACUUGGACGUCUCCCCCGCUUCCCCCCACUGCCCGCAGCUGCCGGGCGGCGGCGCCCAGAUGUAUAGCCAUGGAAUUGAACUGGCUUGCCAAAAGCAAAAAGAGUUCGUAAAGAGCUCUGUAGCGUGCAAAUGGAAUCUCGCUGAAGCUCAGCAGAAACUCGGUAGCUUAGCACUGCAUAACUCUGAGUCCUUGGAUCAGGAACAUGCCAAAGCGCAAACCGCAGUAUCAGAACUGAGGCAGCGGGAAGAAGAAUGGCGGCAGAAAGAAGAGGCAUUAGUACAAAGAGAGAAAAUGUGUCUGUGGAACACGGAUGCCAUUAGCAAAGAUGUUUUUAAUAAGAGUUUUAUUAAUCAAGAUAAACGAAAUGAAACAGAAGAUGAAGAUAAGUCAGAAUCAUUUAUGCAGAAAUAUGAACAAAAAAUCAGACAUUUUGGUAUGUUAAGCCGAUGGGAUGAUAGUCAGAGAUUUUUGUCUGACCAUCCAUACCUUGUAUGUGAAGAAACUGCUAAAUAUCUUUUAUUAUGGUGUUUUCAUCUGGAAGCUGAACAGAAAGGGGCUCUAAUGGAACAAAUAGCACAUCAAGCUGUUGUAAUGCAAUUUAUUAUGGAAAUGGCCAAAAACUGUAAUGUGGAUCCAAGAGGGUGUUUUCGUUUAUUUUUCCAGAAAGCCAAAGCAGAGGAAGAAGGUUAUUUUGAAGCAUUCAAAAAUGAACUUGAAGCUUUCAAGACAAGAGUCAGACUUUAUUCUCAAUCACCAAGUUUUCAACCUAUGACAGUUCAGAAUCAUGUUCCCCAUUCUGGAGUUGGAUCUAUAGGUUUACUAGAAUCAUUACCACAGAAUCCAGAUUUCCUUCAGUAUUCUAUCAAUAUGGCUUUCUGCAGUUUAAACUCAGUUGUACAUAAAGAAGAUGAUGAACCUAAAAUGAUGGACACUGUAUAAUUUGGUUAAGACUGCUGGGGCCAAGUGCUAUUUUGUUACAAGAAAGGAAGAACUUGGCUAUUUUCUCGACACUUUUAUGGGUGCUGCACUUUAUUUUUGUUCGGUUUUUGAAGGGAGGGAAAAGAGUACUGAAACGUUUUUCUAAUUUUUUUUAAUGUGCUGCUAGGUUUUUUUGUUUUGUUUCUUUUUGAAGAGGAGUGAUACUGGACUUUUUUUUUUUAGCUACUAAAUUUGCCUUUAAUCUUAUUGUUCUCAGUUUGGAAUCAAAGUAUGAAAAUCUGCACAAAUGCAAUGUUUACAAGAACUGGCUGAUUUUAGGAGGCAUCUGCUACAGUCCCUUUUUACAUGGAUAUGUACAUGUUCUACUCGACAAAAAUGAUUAAAGAGAAAAAUGUACUUGUAGCUUACUGCAAAUUUAGCUGUCAAAUCUGGUGUUUCAUCAUAUUAAAAGCAAUAAAUCAGUA